AUGCGCGGGCUGAGUGCCUUCGAAGCCGCCAGGCAAGAUUUCACAGGCCUCGAGUCUCCCGGUGAAAGCCUCGAUGCUAUAACGGAAAGACUGGCAAAGCUCGAAAGGACAAGUGAAGACAGUUCGAUGUUUUCUUCUCCGCCAGAAAAUGACGAUAUAAGUCUAACUAGUGCAUCUCCUCAUCGAGGGAGGCCCACUGAUUCAACUCGAGUCGCAGCAAAACGAAAGCAUCAAGCGUCAACAACUCUUGAAUCAAGCACCCCUAGCCAACCAGACUCGAAGCGGAAGAUGUCUCUUAAUAUCGAAUCAAAGGCUCACAACGAACGACAUUCUCCUGAUGCAACGCGACAUGCUAGCGAGGCUCGUGAGUUCAUUGAACAUGAGCUCCAAUGUAACCCAACUCUUUCCCAAGAUAGGCGAACGACUCUGGAGCUGGCCCAAAGAUUUGUCGGUCAGCUCUCCAAUCCUGGAAUUUACGGACAGAAAUCAAGCGCAGCAGAGCACUUGGAAGUUGGCGAUGAUCUGGGACCUCCUUUUCUCACGCCUGAGUUAUUGUAUAUGAUGUUGCCGGGACCUGACAAGAAAACAAACUCGCAAGGUACAUAUGUGUGGCCAGACCAUAUAACAGACAAGACUCUAGAGCGAAUGGGCCUCGCAAUUAUUGAACGCAGCGAAAGCGAACAUGUACUGCAUCUUUUCCGGAUCAGCGUAUGGGUUAAAGCGCUUUCAUGCAUUUCGAAAAUGGCUCCUUUGAUCUCAAGUGCACCACUCAGAGUUCAUUUCAGAGCCCUCAAGAAACAAUAUGAGGCGGCUGCCAAUGAAGAGUUGGAUUCGAUUUCUCUCACUGCCGUACCAAGCCUUCCCUUGCUUCAAGCAUUGCUGUCGGGUAAACGCCUCAUGCAAUACUUGGGCAAUAUGUCACGAUCUUGGAUGUUCAAUGCCCUUGCAUCGAGAAUCAUCAUCGCACUCAAUUACCACAAUAUCACGGACCCCGUGCCACACAAUGAUAUUGAAGAAGAAAUCCACGCAUGUUUAUACACAUGCUACUACUUCGACAAAACUCUUAGUGUGCUCCUUCUACGGCCACCAUCUCUGCCAGAUCUCAAGGUUGAUCCAACACAAUUAAUCCACAUGGACCCUGAUCUACCGACAACGCCCAUAAUCAGAGGAAUUGUCGAGUUCGCACAUAUCAAGAGCAUCCUGGUAAACAUUCUUCUGGAUUCCAAGAAAAUGGGAGAUAUGGACAAGGCAAAUGUCUUGUCUAAUCUCGUGGCGCGGGCACACGCGGUCCACUCGGACCUGGAAAUUCAUCGGAGCCGCCAGGAACAACAAUUCUCUGCAUCCUGGGGAACUAUUCAGCGUGAAUGGCUGUCAAUGGAUUUCAACUACUACUCUGUUUUGACGACAAUCAUUCGUGCACGAUCGUCAGUGCUCAAGUCUCGUCUGGUCUGCGAGGAGUGUCUAUUCACGGCUCGAAAAGCACUGACUACUCUUCGGGCAUUGCAAGAGGCCUUCUCAGGCCAUGCUACUUCUGUCGAUUCCUAUCCUUCAUUUCUCACCUGGACGAUGCUACUAUACCCGCUGUCCCCUUUCUUCGUGCUGUUUUGCAACGUCGUUGCAACAUCGGAUCAAAGGGACUUCGAGAUGAUCAAAAAGAUCACCGAUGAUCUGCGGCAAUUUGCCAAAGCGAACGUCCCAAUUGGGAAGCUAUACGGCUUAUUUUCCAAAUUUCUGGAUCUGUGUACGCCGCUUAUAAAAGUAAAUACCGGACUGCCUUCUUCGGGUGCAACGAUCUCUUCUCUUCCGAAUGAUCCCUCGAAUGUAACGAUGUUUGGUCGCGGUGAUCGAAUCAUGGAUACUCUUCCGAGCCCCAUCACUAGCAGAGCUUCUACUUCCGGUAUACCACAGCCUAUGGAAGGGUGGGAUGACAGUCUUAUGUGGGAGCUAUUUGACAACCAGCCGUCUCUUGGGUGGGCGGAGUCCGAACUCUGGGACGGAAUGACACUGUUGACUUCUUAG